UUUCAUGGGUGUGGUGAUUAGCCUGCUUGGUGAAAUUUUCAGUCAAAUCCGAUCCGAGUGGGUGCUCCCUUCUGACCCCGAAAGCGGAUUAAAUUGUGUGGAAAUUAACGCGGCUCCUCUCCACGGUCUCCCCCCGCCCUCUUCCAGCUGAGGCCAUGGCUGUCGUGUGAAAACAUAUCGGUGCGACUCGGACUGAAGGAACAGGACUGAGCCCAAACGCCUCUGUUUCAGGUGUCAGCUGGUCAAGUGUUUCGUGUGUGAGUGUGUGCACGAGCAGGCUCGUGUAUUUUCUCAACCCAGCCAGCAUUCACAGCGGACUGUGUCCUGAACGCAUCUCACAGGGACAAUGAGUGAGCUCGAACAGUUGCGGCAGGAAGCCGAGCAACUACGCAACCAGAUCCGGGAUGCCAGGAAAGCCUGCAGUGAUUCCACCCUGUCACAGAUCACAGCUGGUCUGGACUCGGUGGGCCGGAUACAGAUGCGGACACGACGUACUCUCAGGGGACACCUGGCCAAGAUAUAUGCAAUGCACUGGGGAAGUGAAUCCAGGUUACUGGUCAGUGCCUCGCAAGAUGGAAAGCUGAUCAUCUGGGACAGCUACACAACAAACAAGAUGCAUGCUAUCCCACUGCGUUCUUCAUGGGUGAUGACGUGCGCCUACGCCCCCUCUGGGAACUAUGUGGCCUGCGGAGGCCUGGACAACAUCUGCUCCAUAUACAGUCUGAAGACCCGUGAGGGCAACGUGCGAGUCACCCGAGAGCUACCUGGACACACAGGUUAUUUGUCUUGUUGUCGCUUCUUGGACGACUCCCAGAUACUAACGAGCUCUGGAGACACCACCUGUGCAUUAUGGGACAUAGAGACGGGCCAGCAGGCCACCUCCUUCACCGGCCACACAGGUGACGUGAUGAGCCUGUCUCUUAGUCCAGACUUCCGGACUUUUGUGUCCGGCGCAUGUGACGCCACCUCCAAGCUGUGGGACAUCCGUGACGGGAUGUGCAGGCAGUCCUUCACCGGCCACGUAUCUGACAUCAACGCCGUCUGCUUUUUCCCCAACGGUAAUGCGUUCGGCACAGGCUCGGACGACGCCACCUGCAGGCUGUUUGACCUACGUGCCGACCAGGAGCUGAUGACCUACAGCCAUGACAACAUCAUCUGUGGCAUCACCUCUGUGGCCUUCUCCAAGAGCGGCCGUCUGCUUUUAGCCGGCUACGACGACUUCAACUGCAACGUGUGGGACACUCUGAAAGGGGACCGAGCAGGCGUCCUCGCCGGCCACGACAAUCGUGUGAGCUGCUUAGGAGUGACCUCUGACGGCAUGGCCGUGGCCACCGGAUCCUGGGACAGUUUCCUCCGGAUCUGGAACUAAAUUCAGCGUCUCGUCUAACGUACUCUAUCACUGCCCGCCACCCUGGGUCCGCAGCCCCCCGCCCCGACUCACCCGCUGGGGCUGGACCGCAGGGAGUGCAUUUCUGAAGCCCUUCUCACUCCUCCAAGCUGAAGAUUUUCUCAACCUUUUUAUUUUUUAUUUUUUCUCAGCAGAGCUGUCACAAAACCACAAAAACCUCUUUAUAAAAAGUCGUCAAAUUGAAACCAUGAAAUUAUUCCUAAUGAAAAUAACUGAAAGAUCAUUUAAAUUUCCUUUUUCUUUUUAAGGGCAUUAAAGUGCAUUUGUGGCCAUGAGUACAAAACAAAAUUAGUAUCGGUGUGUAAUAUGUAAAUGUAUAUAUAAAGGCAGUAUAUAUGUAUAGCAUUAUGUGUGUAUAUAUGCAUUAUGUAUGCAUAUAUAAUGUGUGUAUGUAUAUAUUUUUGUAGAUCAUUUGCCUAUCGAGGUGUUUUUGUUGCUUUCUCUUUUUGUUUUACGAUAAAUAGACAUAACCGCAGAAUGCCAGAAACAUUAUUAGCAAACUUUAAUUAAAGGAAAAUGAGAGUAAGCCUUUUCACUCAGUUACGAGUCAAAAUUUAGCCUGGCUACAUUUUUUUUCUAUUGUUACUAUUAUUGGCAUAUUUAGGUUUUUAUUUUGGCAUUAGUUGAGUCAGAAUAUUCAUUUUGUUUUGGAAGGGAAUCAAGAGAUUGAGAUUUCAGGAGGAGCUUCAAUCCGAUAUUUUUUUUCUUUUUUUUUUCUUCUUCUUUUUGUCUGGAUCAAGCUUUAACUCCAAAGUAGAAACUGCUAAAGCUCAGGCUACAGUAGGCGGGGAAGGAAAUGAUCCGAGGCUUCGGUUUGGCCUCCGCCCUUUCGGAUCGGUGGUUUCAGAUCAUCGAAAUGCUGAAUGUCGGGACAACCACAUCCAUCCCAUGCAAAUCGGCUGCAGCUUGACUGGUAAACGGAGGUCGUAAUAGCCCUACCUCACGUGAUCUGCAGAAGAUUCGUCUUUCCUUCAACAUUGGGACAAGCUUCGGUUAUUUAUAUACAUUGUGAUGGCAACUUAAAAACAAGCAGAAGCUGGUGUCUCCCUGCGAUCCCGACACAACUCUUCCCAAGGACAAAAAAAAGAAAGUAGAGUUUCUCUGACUUGUUGGGACUGUGAAGGACUGUAGCAUCCUGAGAAAACCGGGAAAAAGAUGUCAGAGCUUGCCGUGUCAGUUUAGUAUUUGUUUCCCUCCUGAAUGAAGGAUCAAACUUCUUUUUAUCAUCAAGGUGUGAGAAAAGCAGCAGAAAAUAUGUUGGCCACUUCAAAAUCACACCAGUGCCAUAGCAAGCCUGCUACAAAAAAAAAAUUAAACUCACCAAAAACGCUUUAUAAACAUUUAAUCUUAACUAGUGAAGAACCUACACCUAAUAGAGAGCUAAAAGCGCACUCACAAGCAGUAGUAUAGUACAGAUUUUGUGAUAUUUAGGUUUCUCGUUAUCCAUUUUGCAUUCAAGUACCUUGAAUCAAAACCCAGAUCUUGUGUGAGUUGGACCUAUCAGCUGUCUCAGGUGCCUGUCUGUGAUUCUAAACUUUUGAAGCGUGUGCGCCGGACAGAGGAGGGUUUGCGACGAGGCACUGCUGUCUCCGUUUUGCCUUAGCAUGUCGUUCAAAGUGGAGGGUGAAAUUAGCCAAGAAGAAUAGAAAUGUUUUCUCCUUUUAUUUUACACAAACUCCCCACAUUGAUCCUACAGUCUGGAAUUUGAUUUCUCCCCCCCCUCCUCCCCCAAGUACGGAUAAAUUCAGAAAAAAUUACAUAUUUCUCUCGAUAUUUUUCCCUGACUUAUUGGUAACGUGGAAAAUAUGUGUGUGUAAGUAAAUGGAAUGUUGUAUUCAUCUAUCAGUCAGUUUGGACAUCUGUCCAUUAAUCUGUCAUCCAUGUGUCGUCCUUUCUUCUAACCAACCGAUUUAUCCUUCAGUCCAUUCAUCCAUUUUUAAAUGCAUCCACCAAUUCCUCCAGUAGCUGCCCGACUGUCCAUCAAACAAUUCAUCCUUUAAUCCAUUCGUUUAUAAACCAAUCUGUCAAUCUGGCCAUCCUUCAGUUUAUCAACCCUACAAAUAAUCCAUCAGUUUCUCUGCCCAUGAGCCAAUCUAUCAGACAUCUCAUGCGUUCCACUGAUUGUCCAUUUUUCACUCAUCCAACGAGAAAUCUUUCCUUCUUUGCCGCCUUGUUUUCUAGAUGCCAUAUCUAAAGCCUGUUUCCUGAGGGGACAUGUCUGAAGUUCAUAGUAAAUGUUUGUCUUUAUACUCGAACCAUGGCUCAGAAAUGACUUGUAAAGUGUGGCAUUCAGGAGCCGUGUGAGUGAGAACGUUCUUUCCGCCCAGCAGAAGCAAACACUGAUUCCAGUGAACACUAAGAGGAACGCUUAGAGGAAAACCACACCACUCCUCACCACUUCUUAAUGCCUCACUUCUUUUAUUCUUUGUAUUUUUUUUUUAAUGUAUGUAUGUAUAAAUCUGCUUUCAACUAACAGAGAAACGUUUGUAUUUCUGGUUGGUUCAGCCGUCAGUUAUUCCCUCUUUUAAAGAGCCGUGGUUCUGGUCAACCUUUCACUUUAAAGGUUUCGUGUGAUUUUUACUCUUCUUUUGAAGUUAAAUAACUCAUCCUGAGGGAAUGGUUGUGAACGGCGGAUAGUUUGUAGGAUAUCCUGGAGAGAUGUGUAGGAUGUGAAAUGUCUUGCAUAUCAGUGGGUAGAUGGACCGGGUGUAUUCUGAUGUUCAAGUGUUACUUCCUCAUUCAUCUGUGCCAAUGUGCUCCACAGACCCUGAGCUGUGAACCGAAAACUAGUCUGUAAAAUAAAACAAAAAAAAAAACAUUGCUAGCGUUAAUCAAGUGCCAACUUUCUCUGUCAUUUUCCCCCCAGUCUGUUUGAUCUGAUUGGCUGACUGCUUCUGUCUCUCAGUGACUUUUUACCAUAAGUGUCAUUUCCUCUACCAAGCUCAGAGACAUUCAGAUGUUCAUGUGUUAAUUACAGGACUAAAAGGUUUGGAUUUAAAGAGACAGGACAUCAUUUUGGGAGUACUCUCGCUCUCUCUGACUGUUCAACAAGAAGAUGCUUGGAGAAACAUUUAACGUUUUGGGUCUAAUUUUCUCUCAACUCCAUCAGCAGUACAUUCUUGACAUUAUGGGUUUUCUUAACCUGUAACAAUGUAACUUGAGCUGCAUUCUUUAGUUCUAUAUUUUUUUUUUUGUCUCUGAACACUAAUGCAGCAGGAAUUUGGUUUUAAUCAAAGCAGUCAUCACCAAAUGUAUAUGUUCUGUUGUCAGGAUGAAUAUUUUUACCUCUUUAAGAGGUGACUGAAUCUAAUCUGAAAAAUGGAUCAUUUUAAAGUAAAAAAGAAAAAAAGAAAAAACCCACAUCUGAUUAUUGGCUCCCCUGGCAGUGAUGCUGCUUUGGUCAGGAUGGCAGAUCUAGCAGCUGCAGUUUUCUCAGCUGGAAAGCUGGUCAGGCCAGAAUCUUGACCAUUGCUGGGAACUUUGAGUGUUCCAGCUUCACAGUGAAAACACAUUUGGACUCCUGGACAUGAGCUGAUUGAGGAUAUCAAGCUACACCAAAGCUAAAAGAAAAUGUUUCAAAGAAUCAUUUACAAUCUAAUUUUUUAUUCUUGAAAAAUAAAUAAAUGAAAAAUCCUGCUGAAUUGACUGGCGUUUUCUCCAGCUGCGUUGACCAUAAAGGAACAGCAACGUUUUGCUGUGGGCUGCUGGUCAGCUUGCUGAAAAAGCACCACUGCUCUUCUUCCUUCCUCACUAGAAACGGUAAUAGUGUGGAAACUAUAAAGAACUGUAUUUAAAAUGCUGUACCCUUUGAAACCUGUUUUAAAGGGUACAGCAUAAUUCAUGAUGGCCUAGGAUUAUUUCCUACUAUCACAUAGUAUCUUUGUAUUAUGUUGGAUGUUUCUUUUCAUCUUCCCUAAAUGUUGAAUGUGUCAGUUUCUCACUAUUGCUGUAUGAAUCUUAUGAAAAAUUAAAAAAAAGAAACCCAUGACCCUUAACAGCUGAGAAACAGCCAGUAUGAGACGCUUAUGAUAUUCGGUAAAUAAACCUUUUAUGCCUGUAUAUUUCUGCAUUGUUAGCCGCUGGAUCCUGGAGCAGAAACACUCUCAUGUGCCUGUGCACUUCACUCAUGCAGGUCGAACAGUAAACCUGUAAAUCCAACAAGGGUGCUUUUCGUCAGUGUUGCUUCCCCGAAUGUUUGGGAUUUUUUUUUUCUUCUUUCCCCUCCAGUUUUCCGACCGAUCAGGGCGGCUGACGUUGCAGACUGACCGCAUGUGCGCGCUCACAGCCAGAGGUUCAGUGUGGAAUAAGUAACGUCCUUCAUGUGUCUGACAGUUUGGUCCUGUAGCCGCUGCAUGAGUUCAGUCUGUAAUCGAGCUUCAGUUUUAUUGACAGUGCACCCCUGCUUCUUUUAUUUCAUUUUUCUGUUGUUGUUGUUGCACUAACACCACAGUACUGCACUGCUCUUUGACUACAGCCGACUGUCCUGACAUUCUGGUUUUUAUUUCAGGUUUUUUUUUCUUUAUUUAUUUGUUUGUUCGAAGCCAUUAAAAGACCGGGGACUUGGUGCCAUCAUAACUCUCUUUACAGUGCUACUGUGUGAAAUUAUAAUCACUUGUUAUGAGAUAAUUUUUAUAGUCUUUUUCACACCAGACCUUUUUUUGUAUUUGUACAGUGGCUUGGUGAUACUGAUAUGUUGCCAUGAGUUAUUGUAACCAAUAAAAAAGCUUUUAAUCAACAA